CAAGAACACUUGAUCAGAAACUUGGAAAGAGGAAAAAGAGGAAGGAAAUGUCGACGAGUGCGAUCCUAUUCUCAGGACUCCCGAAUUCAUCAGAAGGUACACAAGCGAUCACCUUCCACGAGCUAUCGACAUCUAGCCAAGUCCACCAACUAAAGAGCCCAGCGAAUGCGGCCUUUGGACUCUCAUCGACCGUCCAGAAUGCGGGCCUGCCUCCACGAAAAACCUUGGCCUGUUUGCCCUCAACUAACUCUCUUGGGUCGACUGUCCUCACCAUCUCUGGAAAGGAUGGCAGGAACGGCAUCCUCCUCUGGUCUACUCUCGCCGGCAAACCUACCCCUUCUCAUCGCCUCAUCCCUCCCGGUCGAGUCAUCGUCGUCGCCCUGAGUCCUUCCGGAACGUAUCUGGCUUCCGGAUCGGCUGACGGUGUAAUAAUGCUGUGGGAGCUCAGUACCGGUACCCUUCUAGCCAGCUUCGAUGGCCAUUAUAAGUCGGUCACCUGUCUCGCUUUCAGUGAUGAUGAAGCAGCCUUAGUCAGUGCGAGUGAGGAUUCAAUGUGCUCUGUCUGGUCCAUCCCAACUUUGAUAGACGAGGCAUUUGAUUCGAAUCUUUCGCACACACCUUAUUCAAUCUUUUCUGAUCACACUUUGCCGAUCUCAGAUCUGUUUAUCUCGAAAGGAUGCUUCCCAGACCUCAGGAUUUUCACCGCCAGUUUGGAUCAAACCAUCAAGAUAUGGUCGCCUCUCUAUCCAUCAUCCCCCUUGCUUUCUACAUUUGCGGUCCCUGGACCUGCCCAUCAUCUAGCAGUCGACCCUCUCGAACGAUUUAUCAUUGUCUCCUACGCAACGAUGCUGAAGAAUGAAUCUCAAGAACCUCAGCAGGCCAAUGGGACCGCUUCCCAACCCCAACAAUCAAACACCAUUCCCGCCUCGACGCUCAAGAUCAUCCCGCUUUUCUCUCGGCCCAGUCACGCAGCACCUCAAGGUGGCGUGUCGCGGGUACACGGGCCUAGCGGACUGGUCCAGCGGACCGAAUCUGGAAAUGAGGAGGUCUCGUAUACCAGUCCCCGAUCCACCCAGAUCACCGCGCUCCAUCUACCUUCCCCGAUUGUGUCGAGCUCGGUGGUUCUAUGUGGGCUCUCAAAUGGAAAAGUCGUCCACCUGUCGAUGCCUUCUCUCCAGCCGCUGGGUCAGACAGUGCCUCACCCAAACGCGGCCGGUGAGGCGAAAGACCCGGUGGUCUAUCUGAGCACAUUCGCCCGGCCAGCCGACCUGCUUUCCAGCUCGGUCGCCGAUGCCCUUUCGGGUCCCGACCAUUCCGGCUCCUCCUCGGUCUCGCCUCGCCCCGUCGGCGUCCUGGGUCGUGUUAUCGGCAAGAACGGCGACCCUCAGCGCGGCUCGGUGCCCCUCCAAGCUGGCCAGCCCCAGCGAGCCUGUCGCGAGCUGUGUACAAUGUUGAAAAUAGAGCAGGUCGACGAGCAUGCUUUAAACCAGGACGAUCCGUUCAGUUUGCCCAGCCGCGAACCCCGCCCGGACAGCACCUCCUCGGCCCUCCAUAGCCUCCCCGACCAUUCCCUCGUCCACUCCCACCAGGCCGCCGUCGGGGACCAUCAACUAAAAUCACAGACUGACUCAAUCGAAAAACUCACUGCUGAGACCGUUCAUCUUAAGGCACAGCUUAAACAAGCCUUGGCAUUCAAUGACAGUCUGUGGGCCGGAAUCGUCGAUGGCACUUUGGCUUUUAAGGAAUCUGCCCUCCCUCCUUCUUAAACCAUUCCAAUUUUAUACCCGCAUUUUUGGAAGUUUUUUUUUUUCUUCUUCUUCCUCUGCAUAUCCAGUUAUUUUUCUUUUAAACCUACAAUCUUUACUUAUGAGUUUUGUGAACAAGUGGGCAAGAAGAUCUCUCGUUGAGGGGAGUGGCAAGUCAUGAUGGAUGGAGCUUUUUUUUAACAAUUUGUGGAUCACGUUUUCAUAGUUGGAACAAUCGGGCAUAAAAGUUCUCUUUUCAUAAACUGUCAUAGGGAAUCGCAACAGAUAAUUUCCACCAAGUUAACACUAAAUGGAAGCAUAACUACAUAAGUGAAUGCAAAUCUCCAAAAGAAGGAUUAAUGACGGUGCUCAGGUCCUAGGGUUCCACCUUGAGCACUCAGUUGUACUACAGAGGUGAGGUAGUUGGACUUUCUUCAAAGUAA